GUGGCGGUUCGGUAGAUCCACCAUAACCGUCAACCUGGCCAGGAUUUGGGGGUUUACAAACGGACACUUGAACCCCUUUGUCGGGCCGAUUUAUCUUUCACUCGCCGCGUCUCCAACCUCAACCCCCCAACAUCUCAGACCAGAAUACCCGUGUUCAGUCUACCAUCAAGUAUCUAAACCAUCAUGACGUCCAAUAUUCCAGAAAUAAUUCUCCUUUGCAUGGAUUCCGAAUUUAUCACGGUCUUUGACGAAGCUUUGCAAACCUACUGGUCUGACUACGACCCGAGCAAAGUGAAGAUUACCAAAUUCAACGAGCGCCUCAACAGCCUCCCACCAGCAGUCAAAUUUGAUCUCGUGGUCUCACCUGCCAACUCCUACGGUCGUCUCGAUGGCGCAUUUGAUCAUGCUAUUUCAAUGACAUUCAGUCCUCGAGACGACUACCACGCAUUGACUCGUGCAGCUCAGUCUGUCUUGUACCAGAAGUGGCGGGGGUUCGCGCCCCCGGGUUCCUGCUCUCUAGUUGAGUUCCCAGAGAAUCUCAAAAGAAACGAUCGCAACUGCAGCUGGGUCGCUAUAUGUCCAACUAUGAGAGAACCGGAGGACGUGACUUGGGAUCGUGAAGUGGUGUACGAGUGUGUGUGGAGCUUGCUGUGCCAGGUUGAAGGGCACAACCGUGGUAGUGUGCAUAAUAGGAUCGAGUCUCUCCUCAUGACACCACUAGCUACUGGCGUGGGGAAGGUCAGCAAGGAGCGAUGGGCGGCGCAGACAGUACUGGCGUUAGCGCACUACGUUGAUGCAGUUGAGCGGCCUGAAAAAUGGAGUCAUUUGCAAUGGGAUACCAUUGAGAUCAUUGAUGACGAGGUGCGUGAGACUUGGAUGCCGAAGGAAUAGAGUACAACGCAAUACUUGUAUACUUCUAUCACAAUUCAAAUACGCUUGAGGUAGAAAUAGAAAUUCCCAGAUCGGCCGAACUUC